CUCUCUCUCUCUCUCGCACUCUGUGAUCCGAUACAAAGCGAGGAAGGCAGGAAGAGAAGGGAGGACAGCCAAAAUGACGAGGAGAGAGAACCCCGACGUCCACGACAACAUCCCCACCACCACCCCCGCCGCCGCCGCCGCCACUGCUCCCUCGGCCGCCAAGCAGCCGGCUCCUGUCGCCAAGGCCCACGACGGCCACUCUGUCCUGAAGAGAUUGCAGUCGGAGCUCAUGUCCUUGAUGAUGUGUGGGGAUCCGGGGAUAUCAGCCUUUCCGGAGGGAGACAACAUCUUUUGUUGGAAAGGGACCAUUCAUGGCAGCAAAGAGACAGCGUACGAAGGCAUGGUCUACAAGCUCUCCUUCGCCUUCCCCACUGACUACCCGAUGAAGCCUCCAAAGGUGAAGUUUGAGACCGCCUGCUUCCAUCCCAACGUCGACGUCUACGGCAACAUCUGCUUGGACAUUCUUCAGGAUAAAUGGUCAUCUGCGUAUGAUGUGAGAACCAUUCUGCUGUCAAUCCAGAGCCUUUUGGGAGAACCCAACAAUGAGUCGCCUCUCAACACCCAAGCAGCAGCACUUUGGGUGAAUCAAGAGGAGUUCAGGAAGAUGGUGGAGAAGCUGUGCAAGCCAACCUAGUUCAUGCAAUUCUUGCAACUAUGUAUCAGUAGUCCUACGUAGGGGAGAGGACAGAGCACUCAUGUUCCAUUCAUUCAUUGUUUCACCUCUCUCUCUCUCUCUCUCUCUCUCUCUCUCUCAUUACAGCAAAAUAGUGGAACAUUUCCUUGAUUUAAAUGAAUUUGUUUAUCAUAUUUUGUCAUUGCAUGUUUAUCUAAAUGAGCCAAUAAUGUUUAUAUUAUUCUGAAUUGCUCUAAAAUGGUGUGCUAAGGAGAGUUGCUUCCCACCUGUUAGGGGUUGGGGUGUUCAGAUCCAACUAAAAACUCUUAACUUAUUAUUUAAAUAAUUUAAAUAUAUAUAUAUAUUUUAAAUAAAUUGAUUUGAUCCAAUAAAUCGAUUGAACCUUAUCACAAUCUUGAUCUAAUUUCAUCAACACAAUAAUAUUUUAUAAAAUUGAGCAUAUAUCAUAUGUUACGUCUGAUUUGAUUAUCAAUUUAUGGAAUUCAAGUACCCAAAAAAAUUUUAUAAAAUCGAUUUGAUCCGAAGAAUAUCUCUGACUAGAAUCAUUUAUAAUUUUUAAAAAUUAAAUUAUUGGUUUCAAUUUGAUUUUAUUUUUUUUAUUCGGAGGAAGACAAUAAUAGAGUUGAUGGUAUUAUUUCAUUGGUGUUUUGUACUAUUAAUAAAUACUUUGUCUAAAUUUAAAACUUUUAUGAAGUUUUAAAAAAAUUUAAGAAUUUUAAAUUUGCAUGGUAAUAUAAUAAUAAAUUUACACGCUAUGUAUGCAUGGGAUUAUUCUUUUCUAUAAUUUUGUUUUUAUAGUUAUGACUU